AAUUAAAUCGACAUUCACGUAGGCGAUGUAAAGCCAAAAAUAUAUGCAAAUAAAGUAAACAAUUCUGCCGAAACAUCGACGAUCUCGACUUGAGAAAUACGCGAGCGAAAUUCCACGAAUGUACACAAAAACAACACCCAUAUGUAUGGACUAGGCUUUGGGAGCACAAAAAAAGUGAUAAAAUAUAUCGAGUAAACAGUGAUCGCACUCAAUCCGCACCACGCGUGUGAAGAAAGAAAAAUGACCGACAGUAACAGCAGACGCAUUAAUCCCGCUACGACCGGAAAAAUGGCUCUCAAUCAUAACGAAAACAUUUCGCCCCUGGGGUCUGGAAGUCCGCAGAGGAACAGUCUGAGUGCAUCGCCCGGCACCAAACGCAUGCCUCUGAAGCUGUCGAUUCCGAGCGCGAAGUAUCAGUUUACCGAACCCAUGCGCGACCAUCCCAGUACGGCGCCGGUUCACUCGAUGUCCCGACCAUUCGGCGGAACCAAGUUCAACCAUACGCCGGAAUUUGUGGCUGGAAGUCCGCUGUCGGCGGCGUCACAUGGCAGCCGAUUCGGAACGCUGUCGCAUCCGAGAUUGGGCGAAUUCGACGAAAUGGAUGACGGCUUCAUGUUGGCCUCGCCUUUGAUCUCCGGCUUCGACAGUAAUGGAUCGCUGCAGAUCAACAGCGUGACGGCGAGUCCAGAGCAUUCUCCCAUGAUAAUGCAUCUAAUGGAGGCAAACUCGCCUGGGACCACAUCCAGUCAAGGCACCGGAAGUACGUCCUCUAUAACGCGUCUCAUGCGUCUCAGCCCAGCCCAACUGCACGGCAGCUAUCAUCAGGUGAACGACGAGAUGUCCGACUUGGCUGACACGGACGGCAGCAGCAAUACGGCGAUCACAGCCAGUGGGACGCCCACGAUCCCGGCAUCGACGGCGCGUCGCCUCGGGCAGAGUUUCUUCAGUUCAUCCAAUGCAUCGUCAUCGGCUGCGACUGCAACAGCAGGAUCGACAACGGCGACGACGACGAUGUCCACAGGCGGAAUGCUCUCCAAUGCAAGCAUUUCCUCAUCACAGGAGCUCCUGAACGCCACCUCCAGCAGCACCAAGAGUUCCAAAACGUCUUCAUCGACGAGCAACAGCACCACCAAAGCGUCGUGCAGAAUGGCCUGCGAAACGUCCGCCACCCAACGUUCGAUGUCCUCCUCCUCUAAAUCCGCCUCUUCAUCAGCUACAACUUCAUCCACAGAAGCCAUCAAACAUGAUCUCGGUGAAAUCAAAAGUUCCAUGGCCGAGAUGAAAAACAUGCUGAGCAAUGCCAGGGGCUCGUCCCAGAUCACCACAUCGUCAUCCUCGACGUCAACGUCUUCCAAAGUGACAUCGUCCGAAUCUUCCUCGUCCAGCUACGUCAAGAAGCUUUCCAUGGGAAACAGCUCGUCCAACUUGUUGGAGCAUCAGAAGAGGUUACGCGCCUCGAUGGACAGCUUGGACGAGCCCAUGACAGAGUACCACGUGACACACCCGGACUCCGACGGGGAGAUGACUAACAUGAUAGUGAAGAAGCCCGAUGGUACGAUGCAAAAUGGACACCUGGCCAUGAAUGGGGCGGCGGUGGACACGGUAAAGUUCGAGCAGAAAAAGACCACAUCCGAGUCGAAAACGAAGGUGGUGAAGGAUGGGUUCAGCAGCGAGCAGGCUACGAUAAAUUCGGCACAGAUGAAAAAACUGCACGCCGGGGACGUCCAGUACCAGGAGGAAGCAGCUCUGGCUGCCAUGCGGAAUCAGGUGGAAGUUGACGGGCUGAAGCACGAGGAGAAAGCCGCCAUGCUGAAGGAAGCCCGAUCCCUGAAGAUGGGCGAUUUUCAGCAAGCGGAGGCGAAUAAUAUUGCGGCGCACAGUGUGAAAGUGUCGAGCGAUCAUUUCAGUUCGGAAAAGAAAGCCAUCGCCCAGGCACAACAACGACAAACGGUUACAUCAACUGGAGUGUUCAACCAGGAGAAACACGUUUCGGCGGCCACGCAGUCCAACUAUUCGUCGCGUAGUAUGGUUACUUCUACCUCGCAGAUGACGUCCCAUUCGUCGACCAUGAACGGAACUAUCAACGGGAGCUUUCCGAACUUUGAGGAUCUGGAAUGUCUCGCCAACAAUCCGGUGAACAUUGAGAACGUGAUCAACAAGUAUUCGAACCAUUUGACGGAUUAUGUUAAGAAUCUACAGCAGCAGGAGAAGAUGCAGAUGGCGCCAAGCCUGUUGAACGAAAUGAAUGAAAUCAUACAACGAGCCUGGGCUGUUCCAACUCAUGGCCAUGAGCUGGGAGCAAGCCUGUGCGACACACUACGAAAUACCGGAGGGUUGGAUUUGCUCAUGAAAAACUGCAUUGAUAGUGACAAGGAGGUCCAAUUCUCGUCGGCGAAACUUUUGGAACAGUGCCUCACUACUGAGAAUCGUUCGCACGUGGUCAAAAACGGCCUCGACAAAGUGGUUAAUGUGGCAUGCGUAUGUACUAAGAAUAGCGGCACAGAUCAAUCUAGGGUAGGAACGGGAAUUCUACAGCAUCUCUUCAAGCAUAGUGAAGACACGUGCUCUAAUGUGAUUCGAUUGGGAGGUCUUGAUGCGGUCUUGUUUGAAUGUAGGAAAAACGACGUCGAAACUUUGAGGCACUGUGCAGGAGCCUUGGCGAAUCUAUCACUUUACGGUGGAGCGGAGAACCAAGAGGCCAUGAUCAAUAGGAAAGUACCCUCUUGGUUGUUCCCACUAGCUUUCCAUCACGACGAAAACAUAAAAUACUACGCUUGUCUCGCAAUUGUGGUACUGGUAGCGAAUAAGGAAAUCGAAGCUGAAGUUAUCAAAUCAGGAACCCUAAACCUGGUGGAACCCUUCGUAACUACUCACAAUCCGUCCGAAUUUGCCAAGUCUAAUUUGGCACACGCUCACGGCCAAAGUAAGCACUGGUUGCAAAAGUUGGUACCCGUACUAAGCUCAAAGCGCGAAGAAGCCCGAAACCUAGCAGCAUUCCAUUUCUGCAUGGAGGCAGGAAUCAAGAAAGAACAAGGCAACACAAACAUUUUCAAAGAAAUAGGAGCCAUUGAACCGCUCAUUCGGGUAGCAAGCUCACCAAACGCAAUCGCUUCGAAGUUCGCGGCCCAAGCGCUGCGGUUAAUCGGCGAAGAAGUACCGCACAAGCUGUCUCAACAGGUACCCCUGUGGUCCACCGAAGACGUCCGAGAAUGGGUUAAACAAAUCGGAUUUUCCGAAUACGAGCACAACUUCUUCGACUCCAAGGUCGAUGGCGAUCUUCUGCUCCAAUUGACCGAGGACAAUCUUCGCGAGGACAUUGGCAUGACGAACGGAAUUCGGCGCAAGCGGUUCGAACGCGAGCUGCAAAAUCUAAAACGAAUGGCGGACUACAGCUCCAGAGAUUCCGACAAUCUGCAUUCGUUUUUGUACAAAAUAGCACCCGAGUACACGAUCUACACGUAUUCCAUGCUGAACGCCGGUGUCGACAUCGAAUCCAUCAAGAUCCUGGACGAUGAUCUGCUGCUGUGUGCCUGCGGAAUUACCAACUCCAUCCACCGGUCUCGCAUUUUGAACGCCAUAAAAAACAGCGAAAUCUCGUCGCUGUCGUUGGAGAAAAGUGCCGAGAAGAACCUGGACGUAUUCGUCAGCUAUCGGCGCAGCAACGGUUCGCAGUUGGCCAGUUUGCUGAAGGUUCACCUGGAGCUGAGGGGUUUCUCGGUGUUCAUCGAUGUGGAACGGCUCGAGGCCGGCAAGUUCGAUAACAACCUGCUGCAGAGCAUUCGCCACGCGAAGCACUUCCUGUUGGUGCUGACGCAGGACGCCCUGGAGCGGUGUGUGGAUGACCUCGAGGGAAAGGAUUGGGUGCACAGGGAAAUCGUCGCCGCAUUGAACUCCGACUGCAACAUUAUCCCGAUCAUUGACAACUUCGAGUGGCCAGAUCAGGAGCGAUUGCCGGAAGAUAUGCGUGGGGUGUGCCACUUCAAUGGCGUUAGGUGGAUUCAUGACUAUCAGGAUGCAUGCGUGGACAAACUGGAAAGGUUCAUGCGAGCCGAGACCAACACCCGUUGCAGUUCCACGGAUCACUUCCGUAAUCUGCUGAACCGACCAGCCGGCGAUUCAACGCCAACGACGCCGACCAUCUACCAGCGAAUGCACAGCAACGACUCUGGUAAGAGCAGUGACAAAGAAAACCGUAACUACGAAUGACUAGAUACCCCUUCAGUGGGAUCUUCUGGUCUCUCGCAGUCCCAACAACCGGGCAGUGGGUCGAAUUCCUCGCUUAACCAAUCCCGCUAUUUUUCGAGCUUGGCAGCGAACCGGUACCGCAAAUCAUCGAGCCCAGCUCGACAGCUUCUAGGUGGUGUCGGUAGCUACGCUACGACCGGUCGAACUUCACGCUUCCCAAGCUCCAAACUGUCUGCCCUCGGGGGAGGCAUAGCGAGGAACAUUCGAGCCUCCGAAAUGCGAAGGAGUUCUGCGGCUGGGUUGAAUGCAGCAUCACAGCGACCCCCACUACCUCCUAAAAUUGAGAACCGCUGCCAUAGCUAUGAAGGACUGCUACGAGAAGAAAAGAAACCCUCUGAAGGAGAAGAUCGUACGGAUUCGAGACUCCCCGACACUGUAUCGGCCGACACUACGCCGGAACCGGCCAAACCAACUGAGGAGUCUAUUAAAACCAAAAACCGCAGAUCUCGCAGCAUGGAUGACUUAUUCGACGAUGACCGUGAUCUUAGGGAUUUUCUCGACAAUACGCAGAGCAUGGAAAACCUCGUAUCCGAGGAAACCCCAACUGAACCGCAAUCUCCCUUGAAAAUCGUGGGAAACAUUUGCUUUAAUCCUCGAUUUGUCGAACCCGUUAGCCCUGAGACUCCCGAAACGCCCGACCCUCGUAUCGAUACGGCAUCUCCUGAGUCGUGCGGCGAACAACCCUGUGAAAACGAAACCAUCACCGUGGACAGCACUCCACGUGCGAAGAAGCAUGACAUCGAAGAAGACAAAGCACCGCCUGAAGAUGACGUACUGUCGACGAACUCGUCGCUGAAUUCGUUCGCUUGCACAAGCGACACCA